AUGACCAGGCCCCACCAGAAAAAGGCUUCCUCCGUCCCGUGCCCCGAGUCACAACUCCCUCGGCUGCGAUGGGGCAUGAUCUUCCUCUACUCAAAAUCCGCCGACCAGGGGGGGUGUACCUCCGUCUCCAGAGUGCCACCUCUCUUCCGCUUCAGCCCGCGGUACUGUGAGCAUCUCAAGAACCAGUAUCUGCAAAGGGCGGCGGCCGACCUCUCCUUCUCUCCGGAUGUGAGGUGGCAGCGAGGCCUGCCCAGCAUGCCUUUCUAUCAGUACAGUUUUAAGCACAUCUACGACACGGAUGACAUCAUCCCGCCUCUGCAGGCCAGGAAGACCCACACCGAGAAACCUGGCUACGUCAGGGCCCUGCACACCCCAGCCCGCUUGGCAGGAGGCGCCACCCGUUUUGCCAAGACACAGAGCCCCGCGCGUUCUAAAAAGAAGCUUAAGAAAAUAAGAAAGCCGGGAGGCCUGGACCAGAACCCAUCUCCCCCACGCCCCCGCUAUGUCCGCUUGAAGCCAGAUCCACUGGACCUGUCGCCCUCCCCAGAUGAGAGUCUGGAGGAAAGGGAGACCUGGCUUCCACCUGGUGAGAAGGAGGCCCGGGGCUGGGAAGCCAUCGUGCUGGAGAAGCUGGACAAGCGGACGGCGCGAUGGAUCCAGAGCAAGCGCCCGCUGAGGCCGGGGCAGUCGCCCAACAAAUGGCAGAGCUUCCUGCGCCAGCAGUACGACUGGAGCCACAUUCGCGAUGAGCUCACGUCCGAGAGCGACCUGGAUCUCCUCAAAAAGCUGGAGGCCGAAGAAAUAGCGGAAUUUGAGGGUGAAAAUGUCGCCCCGGCCCACAAAGAAGUCAAGAAGCCGGAGCUGCUGCUUCCCGCCUUCUACAGGUUGCCUGGACACUCCCCAGAAGUACAGACAGUCGAAAUCCUGCCUGGCAACAACAUGACGGCCGAGGAGAUCCAAGAAGAGAGAAGCAACUUCCAGUCUCCCACUCCGAACCCCUUCCGGCAGGUGAACCCCAGAGCCGGGGAGUUUGCCUACUCGACAGACAACACCUUCGAGCAGGAGAUUUAUUUUGACGGAGUGAAGAUCGUUCACCAGAUUGGUGGGAAGAAAGACCAAAUCGUCUUGGAAAACCUCAAUCGGUACGACAAGCACCUCUCUAAGAUCUUCCCUGAAACCCCAGAAAAGUGGAGUUUACAGCCUGUUCCUGAAGCACCUUAUAAGCUCAGGAAAGGAACCCAGCGUUGGAUCGCUUUGCCCACCCCGGUCAAGAGCCUCCUGCUGCAGGUGGGUGAGAAGGAUGAGCCUGCCAAGACUAGGAGAGUGAAGAAGCCGGUCCAGCCCCUGAAGGAGGACGUGACCUGGGAGCUGGCGGUGCUGCGGAAGAUGCUGCAGGAGUGGAAGACUGCCUGGGCACUCAUUAUUGAAUGGCAUCAUGAGACAGUGGAAAACCUAUUGCGGGGCAUAGUCAACAUGUAUGAUGACAUAAGGAUCCAGGCCAUCGUCACAUGUGCUACCGCUGCUUUGGAAAGGCCUCGGAUUGCCACCAACCAGGAGGACCCAGAACCAAUUAUUCCGGAUUUGCCAGAGGUCCUCCUGCCUGCUCUAGAGGCUGUUCUGUCUGACAAGAACCCCAAUGUGAGGAUGGCAGCAGCAAUAUGUCAAUACGCCAUACAGUCACACAAUCCCACUGCCCGGGACAUCAUGCAGACUGCCCUUGUGAAGGGUAAUAGUGUGGACAGCUGGGCUGCAGCUCAGUGCUUGGCUAUGGAAGGCAUUGCCACCUACCCAGUGAUCAAGAGGAUCCUCUACCAGCUCUUUAACAAGAAGAAUGAGGCCACUGAGGAACAGGCCUGUAACCUCCUGAGCCAUCUCAGUGGAAAGACGACCCUGAUCCACACAAUGCUUGCUGUGGAGCUGAACAGCAGGCAAUGGAGGGACCGCAUCGUGGCCUGCCGUGCUUUCUCCCGGAUCAGUGGGAAAAUCUGCAUUGAUAUGAAACAUAAAUUAAUCCAUCUGAUGUGGAAUGACUGGAACAAGGAAGUAAGGCAAGCAGCUGCCAAAGCUCUGGGGCAAAUGAACCUUGGGAAAGAGGUACAUGACAUGAUCAGGAUUAAGCUGAGUCAAGGAAAUUUCCAGGAUCGGAUUGAGGCCCUCUCCCUGAUCCGUGUGCUCAAGGUCAUGACAGCCAAGCUUCUCCCAAGCUUCCUGAACUGCUUCUCUGAUGAGUUCAUAUCAAUUCGACAGGCAGCUUGUUCGGCAGCAGGUGCCCUGCAGAUCCGUGACAAGAUGGUGCUUGAAUGCCUCCUGAAUCUGAUGAACAGAGAUCCCUACUGGAAAAUCAAGGCUUUUGCCAUUCGAGCUUUGGGACAGAUUGGGCAAGUGAGUCCCCAGCUGACAGAUCUUCUGCUCUGGGCCAUCCACUAUGAAGAAGCACCAGGUGUGCGGCUGGAAGCUUGCCGGAGCAUCCUAGCCCUCAAACUUCAAGGAAACCAGGUCAGGGACACCUUUCUAGAUGUGCUGCUCCUGGAGGACCACGAGGCUGUCCUUAAGGAAAUUUACCAAACAAUGACAGCACUCAACUUAGAAAAGGAAGGCAACCAAGAAAUGCUCCAGGAGAUCAAGAAGAAGAUUGGAACACUAAAUCAGAAGGACUUGCUGACGGAGAAAAUAAUGAAGAUGGAAGUAGCCAUAAAAAAUGUGAAGAGAAAAGCGAGACACAUCUAUUCACCACCCAGAGAGGGCCAAAGCCCACUGGAACUUGAAACUUUUCUUCAAGACAUUUUUGACAAUGAAGAGGUCCCUCCCAGAAGGAAGUCUGAGCUCUGUGACACGCAAACAGCCAUAAAGAGUGUGUUGCCCAAAGUGCCGAGUCCCUGGCUACAGAGUCCUAUUGUACAACUCCCCAAACCAAGAAGUCACUCACCGUUUUUCAGGGAUCUACGGACGGCCCGGGAAAAAAGGAUUGAAAAAGGGCCCUUCGGAUCCGACACAGAUCUCUAGCUGGGCAAAUUACUCAGAGAAGGUUGUCUUCCAGCACCAGUCUUCUCUCUGUGGAGGGAAAUCUGCUCCUGUCUAGGCUGAAUGCUUCUCUUACUCUUAGGUACCGGCAGCAGUGGACAGGCUGCACUCUG